AACCUGGACUGGGAAGAAUACCUGGCUGUGGAUGGCUCAGAAUAAAGAUGACGGCGACGGCGCUGAGGAGGUAUGUCUUCCGCCGGGGUGUUCCAUCUGCAUCAGUACCUGCCUCACCCUAAUCUCAUCAUAAAUCACGUGGUCUUCAUCAGGGAAGAGAAAAGAAGGAGCAUUUUUAGUUUGUGUUGUGUGUGGUUGUCUGCGAUUUCAGAGAACGUCUCUCCGUGACUGUGCGAUGGUCUUCGAUAGGCAUUAUUACAGGUCGAUGUUGACUUCUUCAAAACCUUGGUUGAGAUUCACCUGAAGAAUGAAUCCGGUGGCAUGGAAUUGAUUCCUUUGUGAGCCAUGAACAUAUAUUGGCAAGGAGAAAAGCCCACGGAAUCGAUCCACAUGGAUGGGAAUGCUCAAUAGCAGCAAGUUGAACAUUUCACGAAUGGCUAAGCAGGAUCUGACUCUAUCUAGUUCUAUCCAUUUGCUCGUAUGACGAACAACAUUGCAUUGAUUGCAGAGUAAUUCUAGCAAGAAACAAACAACUUGUUAUCAUGUAUGAUUGGUGCAGAUGGAGUGUGGAGAACUUGUCUGUUGCAACUCCUAAGUGGAUGAGGAGGAUGAAGACGCUUCAGGUUCAUGUUACCUCCUCGAGGUAGGAGAGACACCAGGCUGUUGCUGCAACAUCCCUAGCAGAGUGCCAUACACCCAAAGAUCUCCUUCUUCUUUUGGCACACAUCCUAUUCCGGGCAGUGUUUGGGGCGGGGUUGUUCCACACGAUUUUGUUUGAUUCCUUGGUUGCAUGGAAAUUGCCAGAACCAUGAAGUUGACUUGAAUUUUCUUCGUCCACGACACGCGCAAAUUAAUGUCAUGGAGUGACGGAUGCAGCAUUGUCAAUAUCGUAGUCUACAAGUUUGAAGCUGCUGAUGGGUCAUCAAAUGCCUUUCUUAUGCCAAAGUCAUUCCGUUCAUGGCAGUAUUUUACAGCCAUCCAUAUUGACUGCAAACAGAGAAAGACUGUAAUUGUUCGAGUGUUUAUAAGGGUCGUCUUGGUUGGAGGAGGACAAAUCGAGUGAGAGGGAUAUCUUCUUCAGCCUCUGCUAGGAAUUCAACGAGAUGUCCCUCUGCACAUACUUGUUGAUCAAGUUCUUGAAGAAACGAAUAGCAAGAAGAAGAGCUGAAGAAGCAAGCAUCGAUGGUGUGCCAACACCACUAGAUCUUCCUUCACCUUCGGUUUCGCUUGAGAACGAGAUAGUGUCUGGAGAAGGACUAGUCUCCGCUUUAUAUGAUCUGAACACAAUUUUGGCAGCAACAGGGAUCUUCAGCAAUGAAAACAAACUCGGAGAAGGAGGGUACGGUCCAGUCUACAAGGGGAAGCUCCACGAUGGCCAAGAGAUAGCAGUGAAGAGGCUGUCCAAGAAGUCUGGGCAGGGCUCGAGGGAGUUCAAGAAUGAGGUGGAGCUGAUAUCAAAACUCCAACACAGGAACUUGGUUAGGCUUUUGGGUUGCUGCGUUCAUGGAGAUGAAAAGCUUCUCAUCUACGAGUUCAUGCCCAACAAGAGCUUGGAUGCCUUCCUCUUCGAUGCAUCCAAGAGCAGGCUUUUAGACUGGACCAAGCGUUUCAAUAUCAUCGAAGGGAUUGCCCGAGGAUUGCUCUACCUGCACCGAGAUUGUAGAUUGAAGAUUAUGCAUCGAGACCUGAAAGCAAGCAACGUUCUGCUGGACCAGAAUUUUAACCCCAAGAUAUCAGAUUUCGGCAUGGCACGCAUACUCCAUGAUGACCAGAUUCUAGCAAGAACUGAUAGAGUAGUUGGAACAAUUGGCUACAUGUCCCCGGAGUAUGCAAUGGAAGGGCAAAUUUCCGAGAAAUCUGAUGUUUUCAGUUUUGGUGUCCUGCUUUUGGAGGUGGUCAGUGGCAAGAGGAACAACUACUUCCUUGAUGAAGAUCUAGCUCUGAACCUUCUAGGCUAUGCUUGGACAUUAUGGAAGGAGAACAGAGUGGUGGAGUUGAUAGAUCCAUCAUUAGGAGACUCAUGGAGCCAAGAGGAAGUGAUGAGAUGCAUCAAACUGGGACUUCUAUGUGUGCAAGAACUACCAGUAGAUAGGCCAACCAUGUCAGUCGUUGUCGCAGUGCUCAAUGGUGACAUUAAUCUUCCCGAGCCGAAGCAGGUUGCAUUCUUUGCAGGGAGAAGCCCCACGACGUCCAUUUCAUCCAUGGAUGACAGCAAGCGGAUAUCCUCUCAGGGUGAUCUUUCGAUCGUCCAGUUGUGA